UCUUACACGAGAAAUGUUAGAGAGUCGAAGUAUGUUGUUGAAAAAAGUGAUGGCCCAAAACAAUAAAUUUCAAUGGCUCUCUAGCUUUUCUCUUUUUACAUUGUACCCUUAUUUGUACAUACAACUGAGUAGCUUAUAUUGUAGUAAUUAUAUACAUGAAUGUUUUGGUGUCACAGAUGGGAUACAAUUGAUACUGGUAAACAACUGCAAAGAAAAUGUAUGGCCGGGUAUUCUUGGCAAUGCAGGUCAGGAUUCUCCUAAGGAGGGAGGCUUUCUCCUUCCGAGCGGAGAAGAGGCGGAGAUCCAAGUCCCUAGUGGUUGGUCAGGGAGGAUCUGGGGAAGACAAGGGUGCAUAUUCGAUGACAAAACAGGCAGAGGAACUUGCGAAACCGGCGACUGCGCAGGCCUUUUACAAUGCAAAGGUAUAGGAGGAGCCCUUCCUGCAACGCUAGUGGAAAUGACGCUUGGAACCUCACAGAGUCCGCUGCAUUUCUAUGAUGUGAGUUUGGUUGACGGAUUUAACCUUCCGGUGUCAAUGAGGGCGGUUGGGGGCAGCGGAGGGUGUGGUGUUGCGGCGUGUGAGGCAGAUUUGAAUGGUGUGUGCCCUGUAUCGCUUGUUUUGGAGAGGAAUGGGAAGGUUGUGGGGUGCAAAAGUGCGUGUUUGGGUGCAAGAACACACAGGUAUUGCUGCAGUGGGGAAUAUGCUAACCCGGACAAGUGUAAGCCUACGCUCUUUGCUCGAAUCUUCAAGGCUGCUUGUCCACAGGCUUAUAGCUAUGCUUAUGAUCACUCUUCAGCCCUCAAGACUUGUAAGGCACCUCGCUAUUCCAUUACAUUUUGCCCUCCCAAACCGUAGCUAUGUGUUUUUACUUUUUACAAUAUAUAUUUUAUUUAGUGCUUGAUUAUGGUUGACGGUGUUGUCACAUCUGAAACUCUGCUUUUCUAUUAAGUGCUCAUGUUAUAAUAAUAAGUUAAAAUCAAAUGUUAGGAAUUUUUUACUCUCUCUCAUACCAUAGAGGUAAAAAGAAAAUCCAGCCUUCUCUUCUUUAAUAGUUUUUUUUUUAUGGCAAUUACUCCUAUGAAGAUGCCAAAAACAUCUUCUCAUGAUGAUCCUUGUUUAAAAAGUGUAACUUAUUUGUUUAGCAAUACUUUGAAUAAAGAUAACACUUUUACUUUAAAUAAAAAUCAAACCCUAUAAUCUAUCAUCCAAUGAUCAAAAUGAAAUAUUUUCACACGAUGACAA